UGAAAAUGCGGAGAAUCAUAAUAGCCAUCAAUAUAAUCCUCUUAGUCUGGGGGGAACCAGCUUAUAUGGAACCUUAUGAUAAAAUCCAGCCAAUAGUAUCAGAGACAUCUGAACCCAGAGAUAGUUUGAGAAGCAGCUCUAAAACAUCUCAGGCUAAGGGAAAGUUCUUGAAUUUGAUAACCUGGGUCAAGUUUACAAAUGACGAAUGUUCGGCGUCUACCGGAGAAAAUGGAACCUGCUACACUACUCAGGAGUGUACGGAGUUUGGAGGGAAGGCAUCCGGAACCUGUGCUAGUGGGUUCGGAGUCUGCUGUGUACUCCAGUAUUCCUGCGGGACAAGAACAAAUAAGAAUUCAACAUAUUUUGUAAAUGAUAAUUAUCCAUCUGGAUAUAACAGGAUUGGACAGUGCUCUAUAACCGUAGAAAAGGUUGCAGCAGAUGUAUGUCAGCUGCGACUAGAUCUGGAUGUUAUGGAUAUCCAGCAACCUGAUCCUCAAACACAUCAGUGCACGAUUGAUAGAUUUGUAGUAACAGGUGGUUCCCCUGUACCGAUAAUAUGCGGAUACAAUUCUGGUCAACACAUGUACAUAGACGCAGGAUCUGGAAACUCCCCUUGUUCUUUGACCUUUAUCACAACUGGAGAUUAUAACAGAACCUUUAAGAUGAAGAUCACCCAGAUAGAGUGCGGAGCAGUUAACAGAGCUUUCGAGGGGUGUCUCCAGUACUAUAACGAGGUUAGUGGAGUGAUUAGUAGCUUUAACUAUAUCCAGGCGGAGGGUCUGCAGCUUUCAAACCAGGAUUACACUAUUUGUAUCAGGAAUGAAAGAGGGUUUUGUGGAAUUAGUUACCGGGCUUGUGAGGAUAAAUUAGGUUCGCAUGCUUUACAGGAGAGCUUUACCAUUACUGGGAAUUCUCUUAAGCAACCUACUACACAGGGAGAGGUUCGUGUUGGAGAUAACUGUACAACAGAUUGGGUUGCUAUACCUUGUGCUACUACCAGUACAGAUGGCAGUGCAGUACAAUUCCCAGGAUCUAGCCCAAAAUCCUGUGUGGAUCGUCUUUGCGGAGAAGUAUUCUGUUCUGUCACAGAUCAUCCGAAAAAAUCCUCUCCUUGCUCUGUAUACUCCUAUACUAGACCCUUCACUGUCAGGGUUCACUUUGAUACUGACGAGAUAGGAGAUGGUGAAGGAGAAUCAGCUGACAAUAGAGGAUUCUGUCUUAGUUACGUUCAGCAACCCUGCACCAGCUAAAUAUUUUCAUACAGGGAAGAACAAGUUUGAUAAUGUUGUAUCAUCAGUCAUCACCAUAUCUUCCAUGUUUAACUAUAAAAGAAUCUCAAAAAAAAAUGUUGUAAUCGAAUUUAGCCACUAGCAUUUCCUAAAAUGGAAUGAAAUAAUAAAUAUCGGUUAA